CGUCCGCCGCUCGGCGGAAUUGCCGUCCCCAUCAUUGAGCCUAGCAAUCGCGAAACACCUUCUCCCCACUUACGGUGUUAACCCAGAUGCACCUUUCCAGGUGUGGUCUCUGUUAGUGCUUAAUAACCUCGAGAGUCACUCUGAGAAACGGUGGCCAAUAUCCCCUGGACGUCGCCCCCCCAUACUUGGAAACCUGGUCUAACGGUGGAGACUUAUCCCACUCAUUACAAAGCUCAAAAUUACAAACAAGGGCCGAGUUUGGUAAGCAGACGGUCUGCUCGUGAUUUCCAGAGUUUAACUUCGACCAUAGAAGCGCCGUUAUCGUCGAAGGCUGGUCACAGGAUAUAGAGGUCUGCCAGAACUCCAUACUGAGGCCCGAGUUCGUCUACCUGCCACCUCUAACUGGGCAUCCACUUCCACGGCAUUACAACACGGACAUCUCGUUUCAACAUGUCAGGAUUCUACCCCAUUACGAAGCCGGUCAUUCCAAAAGGCCAGGAACCAAGCAAACCGUCAUUCUACAACAAACCAGCAGAGGGUGUUCCUUUCUUUACCCCGGAGCAGUCACCUCCGUCAGGGACAGCUCAUGAUCCCCAGCCCAACGGCAAGGCCAUCCCCAAGAUCUUUACGCCCAUCAAAAUCCGAGGCGUGACCUUCCAGAACCGCAUCUUCCUCUCUCCUCUCUGCCAAUACUCCGCCAUCGACGGUCACAAACAACCAUGGCACACCGCUCACCUGGGAGGCAUCGUGUCUCGCGGGCCAGGUCUCUCGAUCCUUGAGGCCACCGGGGUCCAGGCGAGGGGCCGCAUUACCCCCGAUGAUCUAGGUAUCUGGUCCGACUCGCACAUCCCGGGGCUAGCGGAGAUCGUCCAGUUCGCCCACUCCCAGGGCCAGAAGGUCGGCAUCCAGAUCGCCCACGCCGGGCGCAAGGCCAGUACUGUUGCGCCGUGGCUGAGCUUCGGGGCCCUGGCGGACAAGGAUGUGAAUGGCUGGCCGGAUGAUGUCGUCGCGCCCAGCGCCCUGGCCUACGCCGACGAUUUCGGCCAGCCAAGAGAACUGUCGCUCAAGGAGAUUGAGGAUGUCAAGGCGGACUUUGUCCGCGCCGCGAGGCGCGCCGUGGCCGCUGGGUUCGACGUCGUCGAGCUGCACAACGCCCACGGCUACCUGCUGCACGAGUUCCUGUCCCCCGUCUCCAACAGGCGGACGGACCAGUACGGCGGAAGCUUCGAGAACCGGGUGCGUUUGACCUUGGAGAUCGUGGAGGCGAUCAGGGCCGACAUCCCCAAGGACAUGCCUCUCUUCGUCCGCAUCUCUGCCACUGACUGGCUCGAAGAGGUGGACGAGUUCCCCGAGAGCUGGACGGUCAAGGACAGCGCCAAGCUAGCUGUUCUGCUUGCUGAGCGUGGGGUGGACCUUCUUGACGUCUCUUCUGGCGGCUUGCAUCCGGCUGCCAAGAUCAAGGGCGGCCCGGGCUACCAGGCUCCGUUCAGCAAGGAGAUCAAGCGCGCAGUAGGCGACAAGAUGCUGGUUUCUGCUGUUGGAAGCAUUAGAGAGGCCAAACAGGCCGAAGAUAUUCUGACCAACGACACUGCUCUUGAUGUCAUAUUUGUUGGUAGACAGUUCCAGAAGGACCCCGGCCUCGUUUGGACGUGGGCCGAUCAGUUGGAUAUCUCAAUCAGCUUGGCUAACCAGAUCGCCUGGGGCUUUGGCGGACGGGCCUCCCGGCCUUCGAGAAAAGUCAAACUUUAGAUGUGGAGGAGCCUGACGCUGGGAACAGAUGGCGGGAACAUACCCAUAUAUAGGAAAGGGCAGGCAGUAGAAGGUCGCAUUUGUGACGCAUAGAGAGACUUGUG